UCUCUCUCCUCCUCAUACACACCUUUCUUGCAUAUAUAUAUAUAUAAAUAUAUAUAUUACCGAAUUCCUUUAACCUCCCCUUGCAGUAGCCUCAGAACCAUUUGAGCAGAACCAUCUCCCACCACAGUCAGGAAUCAAAGAGAGAGAAGCUAAGCAAUGGCCAGCUUGACCGCAGCAGCAGUCACCAUCCCCUCCUUCACCGGCCUCAAGGCCGGCCCAGCCGCUGCUGCACGGGCCAGCGGCAGCGCUGCCACGGGGUCGAAGGCGCCGGUUGCAAUGGCCGCGUCAACCCGUGCAUCUCUCAAGGAGGUCGGUGUGGCUGUCGCAGCCACCGCAGCAAGCGCAAUGCUGGCAAGCAAUGCUCUGGCCGUUGAUGUGCUCCUUGGAGGCGACGAUGGCUCGCUUGCUUUCGUCCCCAGCGACUUCUCGGUUGCUGCAGGGGAGACGAUUGUGUUCAAGAACAACGCAGCGUUCCCCCACAACGUCGUGUUCGAUGAGGAUGAGAUCCCAUCGGGUGUCGAUGCGUCGGCCAUCUCCAUGAGCGAGGAGGACCUCCUCAAUGGCCCGGGGGAGACCUACUCGGUGACCUUGAAGGAGAAGGGGACCUACACCUUCUAUUGUUCUCCUCACCAGGGUGCUGGGAUGGUGGGAAAAGUGACCGUUAAUUAGGUUGUGGUGCCUCGUACCUCAUGGUUCUCCUUUUUUUUUUUUUAAUGAUGUUCGAACUGAUGGUCAUUUCUAGUCAUGAGGGGAGUGGAUGGAUGAGAAGAUAUUGAAGUACUAUAUUUCCAUUAGAAUUACUAAAGGAGGCCAGUGUGUUCUUCGUUUUUGUGAUAUCUAAUCCAUCAUCUUUAAGCA